AUGGGCUGGCAAGACGUCGCAGCCGAGUUGAUGCCAUUCUAUGACUAUGGAAUCGGAAUGCUCUCCUAUAUUUUGAACAUACUCGUCAUUUACUUGGCAUUAACGCAAUUCACCAAAAGCACAGCCGAAUACAAGACAAUCAUCUUGCUGAACUGCGUGGUGGAUUUGAUUUUCAACACGGUCAAUGUGUUGACUAGAACCGUGAGUUUUGAGAAGUUUCUACUCUCUAAAACAGAAUGCCAAAAAUGGCGGGAAUUCAAAAAUUUGAAAUUUUUAUGCAAAUUUAGAGCUCAAAAAAGGCUCAAAAGCGGUCAUAAAUUUAAUAUUGACACGAAAUCCGUCAAAAAUAAUUAUUGAAACGGAAUGCCAAAAAAUCAGGGAAUCGUUGUGGUACUCAAAAAUGGCGUUCUCUUGAUCUGAGACCAUUAUAAACGGUGAAAAAAAUCAUAAAUUUUAUAUUACCCCGACCUCCGUCGAAAAGAACUCUUGAAACGGAAUGCCAAAAAAUCAGAGAAUCGUUGUGAGACACAAAAAACGAGGGUUUUGUUCUGAGAUCACUGUAAAUCACAUUUUUUAGGUUGCCGACGUCCAAGAUGGCAAUCUUUUCCUACUCAGCACCGGUCCUCUCGGCGAAAUACCUCAACCUUAUGCUGCGAUGAUCACCUUCUUCUGGGUAUGGUCACUUCUGCUUACGGUCGUCACCGUUCCCAUGCAAUUCCUCUACCGCUACAGUAUGCUUUGCCUCAAAAAUCCGCUCUCAUUAAAGCAUUAUGUCCUGAUUUACGGCGGCUUCAUCCUGGCGACCGCAUUGCACUGUGCAGCCGGAGUUUUUGUGUUCGAAACGGAUCCGAAGUUGUUGAAGGAAUACGAACCGUUGCUGAGGAAGAAUCCUAUGUUCAAGGAGCAUUUGCCUGUGUUCACUUUGGGCAUCAAGGUGAGGAUUCAUAAAGAAAAAUUCGUAAAAAAAACUGAGGGUCAUGUAUACAUACAUACGGUAAUUUAUUCCUAGUAUUUAGUAAAAAGUAUUCGGAAUCUUUGCACCCGUAUUCUUGGUUCCAAAGAACGCUCAAGUGUCACGUAGGCCGUUUACACGUAAUUUGCGAACCCGUUAUUACGUACGCCUUGCGGCGCUCGAAAUAGAAUAAAGAGAUGGUCCCGACCCACGUCAAUACUCGUGGGGAAACAUGACCCGGCCCGGCCCUAAGGAUUUUUAGGCCAGGCCCUGAAGAACUUUUUUCUUCAUUUGAAUAAUUUUGAAUGGAAAUCGCUUUUGCCAAUAUUUUGGCAGUGUGCUUUUGGUCUCGUUUUAGUCUUUUAUUGCUGCCAGCAACGUUUCAAACAGCACAAAAUGUUUUCGAUCCUUAUAGAGCCACAAAUAAAUCUUGUUGAGUAAUGCCAGGAACACAAAAUGGGUACCCCAAUUUUUCGUUUCGAACGAGAAAAAAAUGUUUUUCUGGAUAGUCCGGGUCCAAAAUUUUCAAUUUCGAACCCGAAACCCGCCCCAAAAAUACCAAAAAAAAACCCACAACUUGAACAAUUUUCUCCCUUGCUUUCCAAUUUGGGAUGCUCCGCCCACUUUGGCAUUUCGCCGAAGCGAAAUGUCACAAUUGACAAAAGCGUAAAAUAGUUGCGGGAAAAACAUUUUCCAUGCGUAGAAGAACAGGCCAGCGUAGUCGAUGCAUUUUAAUUUAUACGGCUCAAUAAACACACAUUUUUCCAGGACUCCCCAAAACAAGCCUUCCACAUGAUGGAUGUGGUUCUUAUUGCUGGCGUCGCCUACUCGCUGGUCGUUUUCUGUGGCAUCCGCACAUUUCAGCGGCUUAAAGAGACUCGAGACUCGCUGUCGAAGAAGACACUCGCCGUUCAGCGACAAAUGACCAUCAUCAUGGCGAUUCAAGCGACAAAUCCGCUGAUAAUGCUGAACGGACCCACCGUAGGCGCUUGCCUACUGGCGUUGUUCAACGUGACCUUCAGCGGUGUUUCCUUCUUCACGACCCCCGUGAUUGCCUGCAUUCCGAUUCUAAAUCCAUUGUGUGUGAUCAUGGUGAUCCCCAGCUUCCGGCGGUUCAUAACUUGCCACAGGUUGAGGCAUGGGAAAAGGAUCGGAGCCACUUCAGAAGGACUGUCAACAAGAGUCAGCUCCAGGCAGACUUGA